GGUUUAAUAGGAUUAUACCUAAACAUAUGGAGUGCUGUUUGGUGAUCAGGCUACUCCCAAAAUUAAAGCAAAAUUACGCACCGUUAAAAAUGGUGCAAGCACGAACGAUGGCUACGCGCAAGGGGCACCUCUGCCCUCAAAUAUCUUUAUCAAAUUCAAACCCAAAUCUCAUAAUUAUUCUAUUCUAUUCUGUUUUUCAAACUUCAAUUAGUUUCCACAAUUUCAGAGGCUUCGAGAAGCCUCUCUUUCCAAGGCUUCUUUCUCUCCAUUUCUUUCUGCUGCUGUGUGUUGGAGCCUUGGGGAGUUGUGGUUCAUUUUAUUUUCCAUUAACUCCAAUCAAAAAAAUUAUGAUAAGGAAGACAUGCCCUAUCCCUAAUCUCCAUAUCCAAGACGGCCUAGAAACCGUCCUGGAAGUGCCUAUUCUCGAAGAAAUGUAUACCCAAUUGGGCACCGAUGCGGCUUUAUUACCAUGGCUAAACAUGCGAGCUUUAAUGAAUGAUAAUUUAUCAUCAACACCCCAUCUCCAAGCUAAAUCAGAUACCGAGUUCUUAGCUUUGCUUAAGAUUGUUGGGGCUCCUCUCAUCCCUUUUCAAGUCCAUUUGUUGAAUUAUACACUUUCAUCUCCCCUCAGACAUUGUCCGUUUGAAUCUUCGAGUGCAAAAUAUAUAGUGCAGCAGUUUGUAGCGGCGAGUGGAGGGCAUUUGGCGUUGGGUUCAGCGACAAGCAUGUGUGCAAUGGGACGAGUGAAAAUGAAGGGUUCAGAGAUGCAAGCAGGUUAUGAUAGCGUGCAACUAAGGAGGAAUUGUGAGGUUGGGGAUUUCGUCUUGUGGCAAAAGAACCCGGAUUUGUGGUAUUUGGAACUUGUUGUGGCGGGUUUUAAGGUUAGUGCAGGGAGUGAUGGUAAGGUUGCUUGGAAUCAAUCCACUUCUCAACCUGGACAUGCAAAUAGAGGCCCUCCAAGACCCCUACGAAGAUUCUUCCAGGGAUUGGACCCAAGGAGCACGGCUAGUUUAUUCAAAGAAGCUGUUUGUGUAGGAGAGAGGACGAUUAACAAUGAAGAUUGUUUCAUACUCAGGCUUGAAACUGCUUCAAGCGUCCUCAAAGAACAAAGCUCGGCUCAGACGGAGAUAAUCCAUCACACCAUCUGGGGAUAUUUCAGCCAAAGAAGUGGGCUUCUUAUGAAAUUCGAGGACAGAAAGCUGGUGAUGAUGAAACCACCAAACAGGAAAGACCGAGUAUUUUGGGAGACCACUGUGGAAUCAGUGGUUCAAGACUACAAGCAAAUCGAUGGCAUUAAAGUAGCCCAUAGUGGGAAUACCAUGACGACUCUUUACAGAUAUGGCAAGUCCCAUAAUCACAAGAGGAAGAUUGAAGAAACAUGGAGGAUUCAUGAGGUUGAUUUCAAUAUUUGUGGCUUGUCUGAUGAAACUUUCCUGCCUCCACCUGAUCUUAAGAGAGAGCAAUGAUUAAGUUGGAUUUUUCUCUCUCCUUUUUUUGGGUAGAAGUUAAAAUACAAAGAAAUUAAGUUGAAGAAGAAUGGGUGUACAUAUAUAAGAAUAGUUUUAUAUAAUGUGAUACACAUGAAAUCAUAAUAAAUUUAAUUUUACUUAUUUUUCAUAAAAAA